CCACUUUUGCUUUCUUAGUUGACAGUGAGCUCUUGAAAAGUAAACAAUUGUGCGGAGGCUAAGAAGAAACGUUUCAUAAUCUGUAGAAAUACCCCGCCCCCUCAUUUUCACUUCAAUUUGUGGGACAAAGCAAAGAAACCACAGCGGGCCGAAGCAAUCGAAGCCACACAAGAAACAUAAAAACAAACAAAGAAAUUUAGCUGCGUCAACGCCUACGCCAACGUCGUCGUUGCUGCUGCCGCCGCCACCACUGCGAUGUGGUUACAAACAUUUUUCAUUGCAUGCCUGGCCUCUGUGAUAGGGGCUGGCGUCUUUCCAAACUAUCAUGCCCAUUUCGACUUUGUGCAGUGGGACAAAGAGAAGACACUGGACGAAUAUGAGGCCGCACAGAAAUGGUGGCAAACGGCCUCAUUUUAUCAAAUCUAUCCAAGGUCAUUCAAAGACAGCAACGGCGAUGGAGUGGGUGAUUUGAAAGGCAUUACCCAGCAACUGGGCUAUCUCAAGGAGAUUGGCAUUACUGCCACCUGGCUCUCACCCAUCUUCCAGUCGCCCAUGGCCGAUUUUGGCUAUGAUAUUUCGAAUUUCUUUCAAAUCGAUCCUCUCUUCGGCACCAUGCAAGAUUUUGAGAAUCUCAUGCAGGAGGCCCAACGUUUGGGUUUGAAAAUCAUUUUAGAUUUUGUGCCGAACCACACAAGCGAUGAAUGUGAAUGGUUCCAGAAAUCGGUGAAACGCGACCCUUACUACAAGGAUUUCUAUGUCUGGCAUCCGGGUAAAAUCAUUGAUGGGGUACGUCAUCCUCCCUCGAAUUGGGUGAGUGUAUUCCGCGGCUCGGCCUGGGAAUGGAACGAGGAACGCCAAGAAUACUAUCUACAUCAGUUUGUGAAGAAACAACCCGAUUUGAAUUAUCGCAACCCCCUGGUGAGAUCAACCAUGAAAAUGGUACUGCAGUAUUGGUUGGAAAAGGGUGUAGCUGGGUUCAGAGUCGAUGCUGUACCUCAUAUGCUGGAGAAGGCUCCGGAUGCGGCCGGCAAUUGGCCCGAUGAGCCUCGCAAUCCCUAUGUCAAUGAUCCCGAUGAUUAUGGUUAUCUGCAGCAUAUCUACACCGUCAAUCAGCCAGAGACCAUUGAUAUGGUCUAUGAAUUCCGUAAGGUCUUGGAUGAUUUCAAGGUCCAGCAUGGAGGGGAUGAGCGCAUCCUGAUGACUGAGAGUUAUUCGCCGCUGGACAUUGUCAUGAAGUAUUAUGGCAAUGGAACUGCAGAGGGAGCCCAGAUUCCAUUCAAUUUUUUGAUAAUUGAGGAAUUGGGUAAUAACUCGAAUGCCUUUAAUUAUGCAGAGACCAUAAAUAAGUGGUUGGGCAGUAUGCCCCAGGGGAGGACGGCCAAUUGGGUGCUUGGUAACCACGACAAAAGCCGCGUUGGCUCACGCCUCGGUGCCGAUCGCAUGGACAUGAUGAACAUGUUGACCUUUACGCUGCCCGGUUGCAGUGUCACCUACAAUGGCGAAGAGAUUGGCAUGACGGAUGUUUGGAUAUCAUGGAAUGACACCGUGGAUCCUUCAGCCUGUAAUUCAAAUCCUGACAUUUAUGAAUCUCUCUCCCGUGAUCCCGAGCGAACACCGUUCCAGUGGAAUGAUGGUCCAAUGGCAGGAUUUUCCAAAGCCAACAAGUCAUGGCUGCCCAUUUCGCCAUUGUACAAGGACGUCAAUGUGGAAAAGGAGCGUCAAAGUCCUUUGAGUCAUUUGAAUAUUUUUAAGGAGUUGCAGCAAUUGCGACAAGAGCCAACCAUGAAAUAUGGUCAAGCGGAGGUGAAGGCUUUGAAGCAAAAUGUUCUGGGGGUGAAGAGAUACCUCUUGAAGGACUAUACCUAUGUAACCCUCCUGAAUAUUUUCAAUGAGGUGGAGAGCUUCAAUUUACAGCAGGCCUUUUCCAAUAUUCCCGAUGAAAUGGUGUACCAUUUGGUGACGGAAAAAUCGAAGGCCAAGAAGGGCGAUCGCGUCAAGUCCUCUUCCAUUACUCUGCAACCCAAGGAGGCGGUGAUCUUGAAAUCCCCCAGCAAACUCUCCACCACAGCUGGUUAUUAUCUCUACUAUACCCGUGAAGAAGAACCUCAACAUUAAGUGUUAGAAAGUUAAACGAAUAUUUGUUCUCAGUGCCAAGCACAGAUUUAUUUUUUGUAAAAUUUUAAAAAUAAAACAUUUUGUU